UGGUUCCUGAAGCAUGCGCCUGCCGAUCUUGCUGGCACUGUUGGGCCUGUUCGUCCACAAUGCCUACCUACAGUCACUAAAUUGCUAUGUCCCCGCUGACAUAAUGAUCCUGCUGGACGGUUCCGACUCCAUUCAAGAACGUGACUGGUACAAGAUGAAGGAGUUUGUUCAACUUCUCAUUGACAAUUUCGACAUAGCCCGAGACGCCAUCCAUCUUGGAAUGGUGGUCUACAGUUCCCGGAUUGGGGAUCAUAUUGGCCUCAACUCAUUCAAAGACAAAAACAUGCUAAAGCUGUUAGCAGGUGCUCUUAAUCACCCGAAAGACAGCACAAACACAGCUAAAGGAAUUGAAUAUGUAAGAGAGAAGUUCCGAAUGGAUGGUCGACCAGGUGUUCCGAAAAUCGCAAUCGUGAUCACGGACGGAAGUUCGGACAAUCCAAGGAACACAAAACUACAGGCUAAUGCGGCUAAAAACGAGGGCAUUAAAGUCUUAGCUGUAGGAGUCGGCGGUCAUAUGUUUAAGGACGAACUUCGGAGCAUCGCCUCCAAACCCAGCAAAGUUUUCACCUCCCCAACCUUCGGAACUCUAAUCACGCUGGUUUCUGAGAUACGAAACAUGGUCUGUCAAGUCAUUACAACUACAACCACUACCACAACCACUCCUAAGAUUCCAACACAGCCGCCUAUCUAUGUGCCACCACCAAAGGAUAUGAUCUGCAAUGUUCCUGGCGAUAUCGUUUUCCUCAUGGAUGGUAGCGACAGUAUCAGUGACGUUGACUUCAUGCGCCAGAAAGCCUUCGUCGCCAACAUGGUGGACAACUUUGAAAUCAGUCCAGAGGCAAUACAUGUAGGCAUGGUAGUGUUCUCCACCAUGAUUGGAGAUGUUAUAGGCCUACAACCAGCAAAGGGCAAACCGCUACUCAAAAUUCUGGCCAAGAGUCUGAAACAACCAAAAAUAGGAACUAACACUGCGAAAGGUAUACAGAGGGUCAGAAAAAUGAUGGCGGAGGAAGGUCGACAGUUCGCGCCAAAAUUGGCGGUGGUCAUUACUGAUGGUCGGUCAACUAGGCCGCAAGAGACCAUUCGAGAAGCAAGUCUUGCCAAGGCCGAAGGAAUUACAAUGAUAGCUAUUGGAGUAGGAACCGAAAUCUUCCAAGACGAACUUCGACAGUUGGCGUCUUCACCCACGCAAGCUUUCGAGGUCCGGGAUUUCAGUAAGCUAGGAGAAAUUAUCAACACCAUGAGGGAUCUCAUCUGUCAAGAGAUAAAGACCACUACUUCAACAACCACCACUACAGAGAUGCCUACCCCACCACCCUCCAGGGUGCCACCACCAGACGGUCUGAUCUGUAACGUCCCCGCCGACAUUGGUAUCUUACUGGACGGCUCUGACAGCAUCAAUGACCGCGGGUUCAUCAAAGAGAAGAACUUUGCUGCCAACCUGAUAAACAACCUUGACAUCGGUCCGGACACAAUCCACGCUAGUGUCAUUGUUUACAGUACACUGAUUGGUCAAACCAUUCCCUUCACCCCGUUCAAACCAAAGACCUUGCUAACAAUCCUUACAAGAAACUUGAAGCAACCAAAGGUUGGUACCAAUACUGCUAAGGGAAUAAACAAAAUGAGGGAGUACUUCCGAACACAAGGUCGAUCUAACGCACCCAAGGUCAUGGUUAUCGUUACUGACGGCCGGUCCACCAGACCGAGGGAGACAAUAGCGGAAGCGGAACUAGCAAAACGAGAGGGAAUUGUGGUUAUUGCUGUCGGUGUUGGAACAGAGAUCUUCAGAGACGAACUGAGACAGAUUGCCACCAAUGAGAGGAAGCUGUUUGAGGUAUCCGACUUUGCUGCUUUGCAAAGGAUCAUCAUCGCAAUUAGAGAUUUGAUUUGCCAAGUUAUCACCACCACACCAGCUAUACAGACGACAACCCCGCUACCGGCCACCACAACACUGUCACCAAUUCCAAAUUGCGACGUGCCGGCCGAGAUCAUGUUUAUGCUGCAAGGUUCCCAGGCUACGGAUGACCAGAGCUGGGCCGACAGUAAGCGUUUCCUUAGUACUGUGGUCAACAACAUGUACGCCAGUCCCAGCGCUCACCACUACGGGGCCUUCGUCUACGGUAGCGCCAUCGGGGACCACGUGGGUCUACAGCCAUUCAAAGACAAAUUCGAAUUGCAGAAUUACUUCAACUCUAUGAUGAAACCGACAUCAUCUGGUUCAGAUGUAGCGGCAGCUUUGAAGAUGAUGCGAGAGGUGUUCCGAGAACAAGGGAGACCAUCAGCUCCAAAAAUCGGAGUCAUGAUCACCAAUGAACCGACAUCAACACGGCGUCUUACAAUGGCGGAAACCGACCUGGCAAAAACGGAGGGCGUGAAGCUUUAUACUAUUGGCGUUGGAAACUUGGUGGAUAGAGGCGAGCUGCUGAAUACAGCCACAAGUGAAAAACACGUCAUGCUUACUCCCAACGCUAGAAGCCUGGAAUCUAUUUUACCAAACCUUCGACAUUUGAUAUGUGAUGAUAUCAUGACCCCGAUCACAACAAGACCUCCACGUCCGUCGCAUAACUUCACAAGUCUGUGUGCGGGAUGUCUCUAUGACAGAGGAACAGGGUACAACUUCUUCCCCGGAGACUGCAGCAAGUUCGUGCAGUGCUGGGAAAAUAAUGGCUAUGUACAUGGCGUCGUGAAGCAAUGUCCAUUUGGAGAGUUCUGGAAACAGGAGGAAUUAAAGUGUGUCCCAUCUAUACAUGUUCACUGUACAAUGGACCCCUGCUUACGCGCUCCCAAUGGAUUCACGUACGGAAUGGAGGAAUCCCGCUGUCGUUCGUACUGGAUCUGUGUUGACAGUCACAGUCUUGGGUCAUGCUGCGCUCCUGGGACCCACUAUGUCGAGGGCAUGGGAUGCAUGCGGGGAUUGGCAUGCAACGAUGCUUGUCCUCCGAAUGGCGGGAAAAUCUAUACACCGUGCAAGAAACAGGCCCAUUGGGAUAGACGAUUCUACAUCGACGAUGUCCCGCAACAGAAACUUGUCCGCCAUUGUUCUCCUGGAACAAUAUUCAGCAAAGAAUACUGUACCUGUAUUCCUGAUAUGGAGGGACUAAUUCCUGUACUUCCUGGAGAUCAAUGUAAAGCGUCCGCCUACCUUCCUUUUGACGUCGAUUUGGAGGACAAGUCUGGAUCCAACACUGCAGUGAUGGUGAGGAACGUUACCAUGACACCCUACGGAAGCGCCCAUUUCACGGGCAACAGCGCGCUCACCCUGUACAAGUAUGCAGAUAUGAGCCUCGGAAACAAACUUCUCAUCAGCUUUAAGUUCAAGUUUGACCGUUGGCCGGACAGUUUGGACCACGCAGGUAGAGUUGUACAUUAUGAGAAGGGCGAGACACAUUGGAGAUUUGACAUACAAAGCAAGACAUGGACUCGUAACAUUACAAUCGGCGGAGGAUGGAAUGCAGGCAGACUAACAAGAAUGUUCCGGAAGCUGAUGGGUUCAACAAAUGCACAGCAAAUGAAUCUGCACAUGAUUGAGAUCGCCAACUCUCCUGAUUUCAAGGCUUUACUCUACCAUCUAGGAUUUAUGCCAGAUGCAACAAAUGCUCUUCAAAUCCUGCGCAUUAUAUUCUCUGGACAGGGAUCUAAUUUGAUCAAUCAGAUAUUGCAGAAAAUUGGAAACGUUCAUGGGUCUGAAGAAGUUAGAAAACUUUUAUACAAUCUUCUUCGAAUUGAGGGCAUGAAUAAAUGGAUUAAAGACCAUACAGGAGGAAACCAUAAGCAUGCAUUUGUCAACUGGCAGAGAUUCCUAAAUUCACUCAACCUGAACGAAAAAGACUGGAACAAAGGCGGGAUCCCUGGAUUAAAUGUUGAUCACAACAUGGGAAAACUUAUAGCUGAUCUUUGGAGGAUAUUUGUCAAUGAACAUGGAAUGAAUACGAGAGAUUGGAAAGACAUUUUGAAGAUUACCUUUAAUGGUGAUAAGAAUAGACACUUCGGAAUAGAAUUUUUAGGUGAAAUUGAAGGAGUACUUGGACGUAAUAAAACCAUUAAAGAUCUGUGGUUUGACUUUUUGAAAGGAAGAAACGUGAGUGUUUCCAUCUUUGGAAAUUACACACACGGUGGUGAGGCUCAUAAGAAACAUCCACACUUUCUCCGCUACAUAGAAGAUCUGGUAAAAAGUGGCAAAGGUGGCGAAUGGCUGAACUACGUACUGGGAGGAGGAAAAAUACAUACAGACCACGGAGGAUUCACGCACGAAGGUGUUAACAACAUUGCAGACAUCUGGAGAGAGUACGUAACAGACGCCAGACUAGACCAGCAGUCCUCCUUACAUCCACAUCUUACUUGGACUCUCACUGGCGGAGGAACGGGUGGACAGAGAACUGAAAUUUUCAUCGAUGAAUUAAGGAACGUACUAGCAAACGAUACAGUUCGAAACCACUUCCUAGACUUUUUAAAGAAAUAUGACAUCAACCUUGUCGGAACUGGUAAUGGGUGGAAACUCGUCCGUGGAGGCAACCAGAAUGAUGUUGGUGCAUGGUUAUACUGGCUUUUUACUCAGACUGGCAACAACCACGGUGGAUCCGGAACAAGUACAUCCAUCACUUGGCCUUGGUUCCCAGGGGGAGAAGGACUAGACGGUUGGGAUAUCGGUCUAGGGUUUGAGUGGAUAUUUGGUCCAGUACGCAAGCCCACUGGAGGUCCCUGGAAUCGCCCUAUUGGUUCGGUGGUGAGGAAGUUUUUCUGGGAGUAUGAUGAGGAGGGCUGGCACAAACGUCUGUUCACCGGUUACCCGUCAGGCUGGUUCGGUCUUAAAUACGGUUUUAGUAAAUUGGGGCAAAAUUACAUAAUGAAAUUAUGGAAGGAGUUUAUUGCUCGCUUCAAGCAACAUAUUUUGUCGUGGCAAAACAAUCUUAUUUGGUCUGACCGUCAGGACUUUUCAGAAUCAUUGUCCGAAUAUGUAGAUUUUAUCACUGAAAUGCAAAUUCUCCUUACCAACACAUCCUGCAAAGAUGAUUGGCUAAAGUAUUUGAAAGAGCGCAGAAUCCGCCUGUCGGUAUCGGAGAACGGAUGGGACGUCAGUGAUGACGACCAUGACUUCGACAACAGUGAGUGGGUCAGCUGGUUGCUUCAGUUUCCCUUCGCUGACUCAGGUUCUUCUUGGAUAGGGGGAUCGUCUUCGUCGGGGGGCUUCAGCGGUCAGAGAGUGAACUCGGCGUUUGGGGAGGGCUGGUCUAACAUGCUCUUCGGCGGCCCGUCUGAUUCUCAUUCUGGCGAGAGUUCGUCCGGUGGUUCGUCCACCGAGUCAUUAGACUCAAUUUUGAAAAGUCUCUCUAAUGGUUUCGCAGGUGGUUCUGGAACCAGUUCUAUACAGGAUAGCCAGGAGUAUUAUUCAGGAGGAUUUGGAAUGGGUGACAUGUUUGGAUUACUUGCUGCCGAAGAAUUCCUGAGGAAAAAACGAUCUACAGAUAAUGUUGUUCGACAUAAGCGUCAGGCGCAUGCGCCUUUCCACUACCAAUCAUUGGUUGGUAAUUGUCAUGGCAACAAUCCGUCAAUAGAUAUUGCAGCCAAUGAAAGGAAUGUGAAAAUGAUUUUAGUGACGGAUGGAAGCAACCAACCUGGUGAACUUAUUCUUCCAAUUGUUCAAGGCUGGAAUGAAGUUACAUUAGUAUACAACGGCAGAGAUAUGCAUGGAAUGGUGAAUAAUUGGCAAGGGGAAAAGAAAACAUCAAUACCAAUGAGAGGUAAUAUUCAGUCACGUCCAGAGGGGAUUUCUCUUGGAUAUUGUCCAAAAUACGAUGGUCUCCAAGGAAAAAUCGACGAUUUCGCCUUCUAUGAGUGCAUACCACUGGCCAUACAAAACAAGAUAGGACGUUCCUAGCAUACUAGAGACAACGUUCCUUCGCUUUCCUCUCCCUCCCUUUGUCAAGAAGAGGAGCUUGUAAACUCAAAUGUUCAUUUUUCAUCUCCCUUGGAUGCACAGAUUCGUUUACGUUGAGUGGCGCAUUCUACCCGUAUGAUGUGACUGUACCAUACUCUGAGCUUUUUGUUAUUCUCUGCUGGCUCUCUACAACAACUAUGACAAAAUGUUUGUCUCAUUAAAAGAUAUCUACUUAUACCGAACAACGAUCAUUUUCUUUGAAGCAUGGUACUCUAGACACCGGCUGUUUGGAUUGAUUUCGUAAAAUAAAUCAUAUAUACAAUUUUAAA